GCGUGACGCCGAUUGGCCGUCGCCGGGCGAGGCGGAAGCGGGCCCGUGGCGGGCGGGCGGCGCGCGAUGCUGUCGGCGUCGGGCGGCUCCGGCUCCGGCCCCGGCGGGGCGGGCGGCCCCGGGCCGGGGCUCGGCGGGGACGGGGACUUCCUGUCGCGGUACCGGCUGGUGUCGGCCAAGCUGCGGCGGCGGUUCCUGCGGAAGCCGAACGUGGCGGAGGCGGCGGAGCAGUUCGCGGCGCUGGCGCGGGAGCUGCGCGCCCAGGAGAGCCUGCCCUACGCCGCCUGGUGCCAGCUGGCCGUGGCGCGCUGCGCCCAGAGCCUGUUCCACGGGCCCGCCGAGGCGGCCGCCCUGGCCGAGGCGGCGCGGCUCUUCCUGCGGCAGGAGCGGGACCUGCGGCAGCGGCUGGGGCUGCGCGGCGGCUUCGGCGAGCACGUGGCGGCGGCGCAGAGCUGCGGCGCCUUCGCCGCCCGCCUGCACCUGGAGCGGGGGCAGCCGGCGCUGGCGGCCGGGCUCUGCCUGGAGCUGGCGGCGGCGCUGCGCGACACGGGCCGGCCCGCCCGCGCCGCCGCGGCCCUGCAGCGGGCGGCCGAGCUGCUGGCGGCGGCGCGGCUGCCCCUGGAGGCGCUGCGCUGCCUGGCCGAGCGCGCCUCCUGCCUGCUGCUGGGCCGCGACUACGCCGGGGCGCUGGCGGCGCUGACGCGGGCGCAGGCGCUGGCCGGGGCGGCGCUGGGCGGCGGGGGCGCGGCGGGCGGCGGCGGCGCCUUCGUGGAGGUGCUGUGGCGCUGCGAGGUGUCGCGGGUGCUGCUGCUGCUGCUGCUGCAGCCGCCGCCCGCCAAGCUGCUGCCCGAGCACGCCCGCACGCUGGAGCAGUACUGCUGGGAGGCGGCGGAGGGCGGCGCGGCGGCGGGGCCCGGGGGCGGCGGCGGCGUGGGGGCGGGCGGGGGGCUGCCGGCGGCGGCCGGCUACCUGCCGGGGGAGCUGUUCCUGCUGCUGCAGUCGGCCGUGCUGGCCUGCCAGGAGAAGGACGCGGAGGCGCUGAAGGCGCUGCAGGCCGAGCUCUGGCCGCUGCUCAGCGCCGAGCAGAACCACCUGCUGCACCUGGUGCUGCAGGAGAUGCUCAGCCCCGCCGGGCAGGGGCUCUGAGCGCCGCCGGGACGCGACGGGGCCGCGGCCGGGCCCGGGGCUGAGGCCUGGGUGGGCGCGUCCUCGGGGCCGGUGUUCGGUUUCGGUGCGCGUUCCGUAAGAGCGGCCAGCGAUGGCGGACGAGCGAGCGUGUCCUUCUGCGCCUUGCCCUUGUGCCCCAGGAAACGGCCUGCGGUUUGUCCCGAGAGUUGUCGGGCUUGGGCAGUCCCGAAGCAGAGCCCGGCCGUUCCUUAGAGAACUGGCUUUUGCACAUCCGGGAAGCAAAUGUUGCUGGAGUUGCCUUUAAAAAAACAAAAACAACCACCCACAUCCAAAUGAGACUUUUAUUUCCCUCCUGAAACCAAAAGACACUACAGCCAAGGUGAGGCCAUGGAUUUGGCUUUCACGGCGGACAAAAGGAGCUGGUCACUGACCCUCGAGUGUUUGCCUGGGGACCAGUGGUGGUGGCCUGACUCUGUUUUCUGUAGCACAGCUGGAAAGCUGGAGAACUGAGACUGAAAAAAGGCAAAUCCACUACAGCCGAGGGUAAUGAAGGAUAAAAUGGAUGGUGGAGAAGGAUGAGUUAUUGGAAUGGACUGUUUGCUCAGUUCUCUGCAGCUGCUGUUCCUGUCUGCUAGCGGGCACGUCUGCCUCCUGCUUUCUGCCUCUCGGGACCGUUUCCAGUACUGAGGUGAAGAAUCCCUGUCUUUAGACCAGGAAAGAAAGGAACCCGCUGUCCCUGGUGCACCCAGCUGUUGCCUGCAGACCGAGGCAAAUUUCUGCAGGGGUCAGAGAUGGAAUCUCAAGAAGGGGAUGCUUUGUAGUGGAAGCCAGAGGGGCCCUGGUGGUUCCCACAUAAUUGUGGCUGUCACAUAAAUAAAGAGCAAUUCUAAUACACCUAAAAAUAAGAAAAGAAACAAAUGCUGGGAGCAAACACCCCCCAGAGACCCCCCUCCCUCAGAAGGCUGAGGCUUUGGGAGAGAUGGAGAGAUCCUGUUUGCACACCUGGGAGAGAAGAGAGAGGGGAAGAGGUAAUUCUGGUACAACAGUGGUGUUACGUGUACUUCUGAUGUUACUAGCUGGUUCUAGAGACAGUGAUUUUUUUCAAAUGCUUUUCCACUGUUUGUUUUUCAGAUGUUUUUCAGGUUCCGCACUGGAAUAACUAGGAACUUGGAGUUUUCCUACCGGAAAUGCAAACACUCGUUUCCAUAAUAUUUAAGAAGAGUUAAUUACUACAAAGCUUCAUUUUGUCUAGAUAAAAUUAAGAGUUGAUAAAUGCUCAUUUCAGAACGUGAUAGCGUUUUAUAGUUGAGUUGGCUACGGACGUGCCACACUGUGAAGCAAAAAUAAAAAUCCAUGCCUUGAAACUA